AUGCACGCCCCGACACUCCUUCUCGCUUCGCUGCUCGCGACGGCCGCCGCUGCCACCAACAACUCGGUCAUCCUUCCCAACGACGAGCACACGCUCCAGUACACGCGGGUCGCGUUCGAGAACCUCCCGACGUGCGCGUCCAACACGUGGGACAUUGCCGGGCCGCAGUACGACACGUACUCGCGCUGCACGACCAAGCCGGACGUGAUCCUCGGCAUCAACGUCUUUCGCUGCCGCAAGUACGCGGCGACAGCGAAGAAGACGCCCAAGGGCCGCGACGCCAACGGCCAGAUCAUCAAGGGCAGCGACAACGUGUACAACUGCGACGAGUGCUUCUACGGGUACCGCCGCAUCGGCCCAGGUGGCCCGCAGGAGAUUGAGCCGCUCACGCUCGACGGCUACAAGGCGCAUAACCUCACCGGGCUUCGCGGGUACUUUGUGCCGCAGCGCAUCGGCGACCGCAACUACCUCCGCUCGUGCUUUCUCACCGAAGGCAAGAACCUCGGCGACCUCUGCGAGUCGAUCCACCGCCAGUCGUUUGGCCAGGCCGAUGGCGCUGACGCCACGUGCAUUCUCAAGCACGAGAUCAAGACGUCGUCGGGCCACAUUCGCAAGUCGCUGCCGUUCGACGGCAAGCUCAAGGACGACGACAACUGCCACGAGUACGCAAUCGUCAACAACAAGAUCGCGUGCAAGACGCGCAAGUAA